AAAUGUAAAUUUCCCUAUGGAGAGUACCGUCCCUUUACGUUCUAGGUUAUACUGUCUAUGGUUCUAGGUUCUACACCGGUGUCCGGAACCAAUGUUAUCCUCGAGCUUACGGCGGGGACCUUAUGUUGUAACAUCGGAGACAAAUGUCAGCGUGGAAGGACAUUGCAAGAAGAAAUCAUGUACAGGCUUUUAUUCCGUACUGUAUACACGGCUCGAAAUUCUUCAGUCAGUGUCUAUGAGUCGUGUGUGUUGCCAGCUAAAUGUAACAAGGCUACUGCUCCAGUUUCCAGGGUUGCAAAUGGAGGUGGAAUCAAAGCCCUCAGCACAAGUUCGGUCAGGUUCUGUGAAAAGAAAAAUGAUGAUACACCCUCUAAUCAAGAUCAGAAAACAAAUGCAGAUAAAGAGGCUGAUCCCACAGAAACUCCAACUUUGGUUACACAGAAAGCUGAAGAUGCCAGCAAUGUCAUCAAUAUGGUUGAACAAAGGGAGGAGGAGCCAGUACUGUUAAAGACAGAUGAUGGAAGUACCACGCAGCAGCAGGUGGAUGUUAAAAUUGAACAGGUCGUGGCAACGCCACAACAAGGGAAGACUGAUGCAGCCAAGAGUGGGAAAGAGAGUCUCCUCGAUCUUCUUGGAGCCAUGAAGGUGGAAGUAACUAAUAAGAGGAAGCUCAAAAACUUAAAAGUGAAGCCAAGUUAUGAGUCUACACCCAAGUCAAAGCCAGCAGCUAUGGAGAGCACCAUCAGUAUGUUUCAGAAAGCUACAGUGGAGGCUUCAUCACAGAGUGAGACACUGGAUCCUGAACUGGUUGCAGCUGCGUCUGCUGCUGCCUCCACUCUGCCUGACCGCAGCCAGGCCGAGUCUGAGCUGCUCAGGCAGCUGAGGCAGCACGAAGGCGUCACUGAGGCUCAGAAGAAAGGGGACAUGAACAACCUUGGAGUAAUCAUCGCUGACAUGAAAGUAGGAAAGAAUCCCAACCGACAGAACGCUCGGCCGGCUAAUCAGAUCCGGUUUGAUGAGGACGGGCGAGGAUACACACACGACAGAGGGAUCACUGCUGAGCUGGACAGUGUUCGGAGAAGGAAGAACUUGUUCUCGGGGAAAAGACUUAACGUCUUCUCUCCCACUACUGAUGAAGAUGGAGUUGAGUCAGCAGUUGCACGGCCAACUUUAUGGGACAUGGACUAUGCUAAUCAGUUGUCUCUGUCAACCAACCAAACACCCCGCAACGGGCUUGAGGAAAUGAUCCAGUGGACCAAAGAGGGAAAAAUGUGGCAGUACCCAAUCAACAAUGAGGCUGGCCUUGAGGAGGAAACCAGUGUCCCGUUCCAUGAGCAUAUCUUAUUAGGGAAACACUUGGAGGAGGGUUUCCCACGUCAGGGACCAGUGCGUCACUUCAUGGAGCUUGUGGUGGCCGGGAUGUCCAGAAACCCCUACCUGACAGUCCAACAGAAGCAGGACCACAUUUCAUGGUUCAGAGACUACUUCCACCAGAAAGAGGAAGUCCUCAAGGAGGCUGAUGUUUACCUCAACUGAGCUUAAGACAGUUGCAUGUUUUCCCAUUUACUCAUAGGGGCUUUGCAACUAUGAUCAUCUUUACUCGUACAGGGUGGAUUUCUUAACUCUUCCAGGAGACCUGUUAGAGUGGACUGGCAUCAAGUCUGUUUCCUGGUGUCCAACAUUGAACAGUAUCUACUGUUUCUAAAAUGUUGAUUAGACUAGAAGCGCUGUUAAAAUGUUGCUAUUACAAGUGCUUGUAUAUAAGAUUACAAACAAUAGAAAGCAGCAAAAGUACAAUCAUGGCUUUUUGCUUAUUUCAUUUUC